UGUAACAUUACCCAACCUGCAGGUGAUAGUGUCCUGUUUACCUCCUCUGAAGGGGUUUCUGUUAACAACUUGCGCGCGGACACUGAGCGCACUGACCCGUCCCUCAACCCCUCCCAAUCCAUUUAUCAGCGGUGUUGCGUCCGUCACCGUGAUGUAAAUCAGUCUCUGGACUUGUUCCCUUUUUAACUGCACGUUGUCUGAGGUCUAGAGCCAGGCUGCGAGCACGUGGACUGUAUUUAUGUGGGUGCGUUUUACUCCAAAGGCGAAUGGCGUCGGGUAAUGUGGCGUUAAGUGGUGGUCUACAAGUGUGAGGGGAGGGGAGACCUCUCGUCCGCGUCUCUGUAAUGGGGGAUCCCCCUAAGGAGCGGAGCAUCGUCUGUCUUGGUGACUUCACCUGGAACAGCGUGUCAGGACGUAGUGUUGGCCUGAAGCCCGUCCCUCUGCAAAGCCUCUCAGAGCUGGAGAGGGUUCAUCUCCAAGAAGUGGCCUUCAGGAGAUUGCUUCGGGAUCGCGACCUGGGCUGCCACAUCACCAUCCCUAAAUAUGGCCAUAAGUACAAGAAGUCACUUCGGCGGAAGUUGGAUUCAUUAUCUAAAGAGAAGAGUAAAGACAAAGAGACGAUGCCCCAGGUGUUUGGCAUACCGCUGUCGCAGGUCAUUUCCAACGACCGCACACACAAGCAGCGGCACGAUCCCCCGCGGGAGGAGCACAGUGACCCCACUGAAUUGAUGCUAUCCUUCCUCCACUUCAACUCCAGCUUCAAAAGGGGCAACAAGGAGCUCUCCAGCAGCAACUCGUCCCUCAGCUCCACUUCUGAGACGCCUAAUGAAUCACCUCUGCACAGCACGCCAGAGGCAGCCCCACGGACACGCAGGAGGGGCGGAGUAUCUGUGGAUUGCAUCACUGAUCUUGAUGAUAACCAGUCCCGGCUCUUGGAGGCCCUUCAGCUCUCUCUGCCAGAGGAGGCAGCUGGCAAGAGGAAGAAGUGCCACGACAAGAAGCUCAGCCUUAACCCUAUCUACAGGCAGGUGCCCAGGGUAGUGGAUCUCUGCUGCCAGCACCUGGAAAAAUACGGUCUGCAGACGGUUGGAAUUUUCCGUAUUGGGAGCUCCAAGAAGCGAGUUCGACAGCUUCGCAGGGAGUUUGACCAGGGAUGGGAGGUGCAUUUAAACGAGGAGCACAGUAUUCACGACGUAGCUGCACUGCUAAAAGAGUUCCUCAGAGGCAUGCCUGACCCACUGCUAACAAAAGAACUCUACACCGCCUUCAUCAACACAACAUUGCUGGAUUAUUCAGACCAAGAGAGCGCCAUCCAGCUCCUGAUAUUUCUGCUUCCUCCAUGUAACAGCGACACGCUGCAGCGCCUUCUCUGCUUAUUGUCCACAGUGGCUGCACAUGCUGAAGACAGCCUGGACAAUGACGGACAGGAGAUGACAGGAAACAAGAUGACACCACUCAAUUUAGCGACCAUCUUUGGACCCAACCUCUUGCACAAACAAAAAAACUCAGACAAAGAGUUUGCAGUUCAGAGUUUUGCCCGUGCAGAGGAAAGCUCAGCCAUCAUCAGCGUGGUCCAACGGCUGAUCACUUCAUAUGAAACGCUAUUUAUGGUCCCUGCAGACCUGCAGAAUGAGGUGCUGAUGAGCGUGCAAGAAACUGAUCCUGAUGUUGUGGAUUACUUGCUGCGGAGGAAGGCCUCUCAGUCCUCCGAGCCAGACCUUCUCAGAGGAGGAGAGUCCUUCCCCCUGACCGACAGAUGCUUAUCCAAUGACUCCAUCAAAGUAUCUAGCGGAGAGGUGUCUCCCUAUGACAAUAACUCCCCUGUCCUGUCAGAGCGACUACUGUGUAAAUAUCCAGAGGAUGGCAGCCCGCCCUCAGACGGGAUCACCAGACUGUCUGGGUCGUACAAACGCAGCAGCCAUUCUAAAGACGGGUCUGGCAGCACCUCUCCCACACUUUCUACAGAUAAAGAGGCCUCCGCUGAUCAUUUCUGGGACACCUGGCAUGAACUGUUCAACAAGGAGUUCACUGGCCACCGUAUCACUGGCUCCCUCGGAGACGUGUCGGAAUGUGAGUCAUAUGGAUCGUCGGAGGGGCUGAGCAGUCACCAAGGUAACAACAAGCUGCCCAUCAGACCAACACAAACCUCAUUGGGUGUGCUGGGAUUCAAGCCACACCUCCCGGUGACUCGCAGCAGCAGUGGUCCUAAUGACCAGAGAGGACAGAGACAGCCUCAAUCAUCAUUACAUCAGGGACUCGGCAGCCAAUCAGGUGCACUUAGCUCGGACAACUUAGCAGAAAGGACAGGACACCCUGCGUGUCCGUUACUAAAGGUCAGGACAGACAAUUUGUCUCCCCUUCACUACUCUGGACAGCUGAGGGAGACCCAUAUUUCUUACUCCACGCCCUCCCUCUUUACGUAUCAGCCUGACCCCCAAACCCCACAGCAGCCCCAGCAAAGCCCCGCCCCCCAGACUGUAGAUACAGCAGAUGCCUCCGGGCCUGGACAAAAAAAGGACCCUGGUACACCAAACUGGCAGACGGAGAGGUGGCAUAUAUGGAAUAUACUGUCAAAAGAAAAUGCAGACGCACUGCCUGAAACCCUGGUGUGAUGCACCCUUUCACUUUGUUGAACUGAAGACAACUUUAAGAGAAAGGGGACGUUCUCCUGUCGCAUCACCAGUCACUGAAAUGCUACUGUCUGUAUAUGCAGUAAUGUGUCCCACUGAUAGACUGAUGGAACGUUACACCAUUAUCUUGAACGUGCUGUUAUUUUGCAGACGUGUCUAAUUGUAUAGAUACUAGUUUUGUUGCAUAUAUAUAUAUACAUAUAUAUAUAUAUAUAAUGUAUUAUAAAAUAUAAUUUUGUACAUUCUGUUUUUAAUGUGUUGUAGUCAUUCCCACAUGAAGAUUAUUUGCAACACAACCAUGAAAAGCUAUUGUAGUAUUUAGACUUGAAUGGCAUAAUUAGACUUGAAUGAUAUCUGCUUAUUUUGAAGCCAUGGAUGUAUUUUCGCCUUUAAUUGAUAGGACAGACAAGGAGUGGACUGGAGUCGAACCCGGCCGCUGCUGCAACAGCCUUGUACAUGGGGCGCCUGCUCUACCACUAAGCCACCGACGCCCCAGAAGCCAUGGAUGUUUUCAGUGUUGAAUGUAAAAUGUGUGUUGUAAUAUUGUUUUAGUACCUUGAUAUCUACUGUAGCUGCAGCAACACUUUGUUUUGUUACAGGCUCCAUUUAUAAUAUACUAAUUAAUGCAGACGAUGUCCAUAUUCGCACUCAUGUAUGUCUGCAGUGUCACCCAUUACACACACAUCAAUCUUUGCACCUUCAGGUGGGCAUUGUGUAAAUGACUUUAAGUGCAUUUAGAUUCAUUUCUACACUACUUGUUGCCAUUACUUGUAGUUUUAGCAGCAUUGUGUAAUGAUAUCUAUACUCUUUUGAAGUGGCCAUAGCUUACAAAUUUAAAAUAUAUUACCACCAAUGUAGAAAAUGAAUGUAAAAGUCAUAGGGGUGCAUAUUGUACUCCUGUAAGGAGUCAUGCUUUCUGGUGCUACGUCUAACUUGACCCUUUCCCUUAGGAGUUCAGUUAGGAAUCAGCAUGGAGUUAAAAUUUAAUGGUUAAUUAAUUAUUAUUAAAUUAAUUAUUUAAUUAUACUUAUAACUUACUUGUAGUUAAUUACAAGUACGUAUAAACCAGUGAUUCUGUGCUUACAGCAUACAGGCCAAAUCUAGCCCAUGAUACGGUGCCAGAUAGCCCACCGACCAUUAUCUAAUUCACAAUGAAAAUAAAUUGAUUUAUAAUGUUU